AUGACGGCAGUCCAAAACUUGAACUCGUUAGCCAUUCAGCAAAGGUAUGGUAACCCUGUAUGGCAAUUCUUCAAAAUCGACGACGAAACCCUAACCCAAGUCUGCUCUCAUUGUGGACAAAAAUUGAAUGCUCCUCCUAACACGACAAAUUCGAAGAAGCAUCUGAAAGCAAAACACCCCGACUUGUACGAGAUUGUGAGGAUAGAAGACGAAGCACGACAGUCACAAAAGGUCUCUAGAAAGCGGCGCCAUUUAAGUGGCAGCGAGACCAGUAGUUGUACAUUUAGCCAGCAGGAUGUUGUCUAUGACGACAAUGUGACAAAGUUUUUGGAAGGAAUCUUGCAGAAUUACAAAGAUCUUCCCUUAUACUUACCUAACGAUACUUUCAGUAAGGACGAGAUCACGUUGUCGGACUCGUCGGAUCCAAGCGAUCAGGAGGCAAAGCCAUAUCCAGUAAGUAAAAGUAUAGUUUCUCAUUACAUUUGUACACUUUAUCAGGGGUUAUAUUACUUAAAAAUCGCUGUUUAAUUAACAGUUGAUAUUACUUACUUUUUAGGACACAAACUUUGGAAACAACGCGUUAUUAUCGUUGUACAGCCAAAACAAACCCAAUUCAGCACUGGCAACUGUAUCUCCUACCGUGAACAACAAGUCUCUCAACAACAACAACAUUACGUUCACUCCUGUUCCAGCUUCGGUUCCCUUGCCGUCUGCUCAAAAAGAUUCCAUAAAAGACUCCCAAGAACCAGCUAUGAAGAAACGAGGUAUCCGAAAGGCUUCAGCUCUACCUGACAAGAGCACGGUCAAGUGUCAGGUGCCAUCUUUAAAGCGAUGUGAUUUGGGUGGAGUGAAUCGGCAGUUUCUGGAAGUUUUUCAUCUUCUAAUGCAUAUGAAGCGCCCCGAGAUCCACAACAGACUCCAUGUACAACCUCCUGUCGGUAUUCUCAUUCACGGGCCUCCAGGCUGCGGCAAGACACGAUUCGCUCAAAGUGUGGCUGGAGAGCUGGACAUGCCUUUGAUUCAGGUCUCAUGUACAGAGCUGAUCUCGGGAGUCAGCGGCGAGAGUGAAAACAAAAUACGACAACUGUUCCAGCAAGCAAAGGAGAAUAGUCCUUGUAUGGUACUGUUGGACGACGUUGAUGUCAUUUCAUCCAAAAGGGACAGUGCUCAGAGAGAGAUGGAGAGGAGGAUUGUCACUCAGUUGAUUGCUUGUUUGGAUGGUAAGUAAAUUAUUCUGAUAUUUGGAGUUUUCUAUUUGAAGAAUAUGUCAAAUAUUUUUAAAUUGAAAGAUCAUUAUUAUUUAAAAAUUGUUUUAGAAUUGGCUAGAGGCGAUGAUCAGCCAUGCAGUAGCACUUUAAAUCCCUUAAAGUUGCAAUUCGCUAGCAACGGUGCCUUUUCAAUCGAGAACCCUAACUCUACAAGACGACAAGUGAUGGUAAUGGCUACAACGAGCAGGUUGGAGUCGAUAGACAUGGCGUUGAGAAGAGCCGGCAGAUUCGACAAGGAAUUGUCGUUGGGGAUACCUGAUGAGAAGGCCAGGAUCGAGAUCAUGAAGGUCGUUUGCAAAGAUAUGGUUCUGAAUCCAAAGGUUUCUCUCAAGGAAAUAGCUAGACUGACACCUGGCUAUGUCGGAUCAGAUCUUGUGGCAUUGGCUAGAGAAGCGUCGGUUUCUGCUGUUAAUAGAGUUCUCGAGACCUUGGUUCCUGGACAACAUGAUAAGAGACAACUGACGGACGAAGAAGUUGAAAGAGAGAUCCAAAACAGUAAGUAUUUAUUGCUUAAAAUAUCUGUUAAUACUUUGAUUGAAAUUUUGAUAUUAUUUUUUAAUUCCUUAACUGUCGUAUGACACUUAUAUUUUACUUUCAGUCUUGACGUGGUUUAAAUCUAGUGAACAGAUAACAUCUGAGAAGCUGGAUUUGAUGUCAGUAGAACUUAAGGAUUUCGCAAGAGCUCUGACCAUAAUCAGCCCAUCAUCAAUCAGAGAAGGAUUUGCUACAGUUCCGGAUGUCACAUGGGACGAUGUCGGAGCUUUGAGUUCAGUACGAUCAGAAUUAGAAUGGUCGAUAUUGAACCCCAUCAAACGACCAGAAGACUUUGAAGACCUUGGCAUCGACAAUAAGCCUCAAGGUAUUCUCCUGUGUGGACCACCUGGAUGUGGAAAGACGUUGUUGGCCAAGGCCAUUGCCAAUGAAUCGGGACUCAACUUUAUCAGUGUUAAAGGCCCUGAACUUUUGAGCAUGGUAAGAAAUUUUAUAGCUGGAUUUGCUGAAGUUUAUAUUACUUUUGUUACCUAAAAAUACUAAAUUUUUUUGAUGUUUUGUAAAAUUCAAACUCAUACUACUAUAUUUAACAUUGCCUAUUUAGUACGUCGGAGAAAGUGAAAGAGCUGUGAGAAUGGUGUUCCAAAGAGCCCGAGACUCAGCUCCAUGUGUAAUAUUCUUUGACGAGAUCGAUGCUUUGUGCCCAAAAAGAAAUCACAACGAAACAUCUGGCUCUGCCAGACUGGUCAAUCAGAUGCUGACAGAAAUGGACGGAGUUGAAGGCAGGAAACAGGUAUUCUUGAUUGGUGCCACCAACAGACCUGACAUUGUGGACCCAGCUAUCUUGAGACCCGGUCGAUUGGACAAGAUCAUCUUUGUGGACUUCCCAGACCAACAUGAUCGCGUUGACAUCUUGAAGAAGCUGACCAGAGAUGGAACGCAUCCAAAGAUCUCAUCCAGCAUCAAGUUCGAGGAAGUGGCAUCGUUGCCAGAACUGACAGACUACACGUAAGUUAAACUCAUACCUAAUCUUUACUCUUCUUUUAGUGGUGCUGAUCUUUCUGCCCUCGUUCACGAAGCGGGUAUCCUCGCCCUCCGGGAACGCCUGGAGAACCCCGAAGUUAGCGCCAUCACAUUCGACCACUUUACAUUGGCCAGCAAACGGAUCAACCCAUCUGUCACGAAAGCUGAUCGACUAAAGUACGAACAACUGAAGGACAAAUACAGGAAACUUUAA